AUGGCUGAAGCGAAAAGGUUUGCAGUUGUGACUGGCGCGAACAAAGGGAUAGGAUUUGAGGUAGUGAGGCAAUUGGCUUCUCAUGGAAUCACUGUGGUUUUAACUGCACGAGACGAAAAGAGGGGCCUUGAUGCUCUUCACAAGCUCCAAGAAUCUGGUGGGCUUUCCAGUGAUGUGAUCUUCCAUCAGCUAGAUGUGGCAGAUUCAUCAAGUGUUAAUUCACUAGCUGAAUUCGUCAAAGCUCAGUUUGGAAGGCUUGAUAUCUUGGUGAAUAAUGCAGGAGUUAGCGGAGCUGAUGUAGAUGGUGAUGCUUUAAGAGCUGCAGGGGAAGCUGCCGGAGGAGCAGGAGGAGCUAAAAUCAAUUGGAAUGAGAUAAUGACUCAAACAUACGAUUUGGCAGUAAGCUGCUUGCAAACAAACUACUAUGGUGCAAAAAGAAUGAUAGAAGCCUUUAUACCACUUCUCCAAUUAUCUCAAUCACCAAAAAUUGUCAAUGUCUCAUCAGAAAUGGGGAAACUGAAGAAUAUACAAAGCGAAUGGGCGAAAGGAAUAUUAAGCGACGAAAAUGUCCUUACAGAAGAGAGAGUGGAUGAGGUCCUGAAUGAAUUUCUGAAAGAUUUCAAAGAAGGAUCCCUUGAAUCCAAAGGAUGGCCUUCGUUCUCAGGAGCUUACAGACUCUCAAAAGCAGCCAUGAAUGCAUACACAAGAAUUGUGGCAAAGAAGCAGCCAAACAUCAAAGUCAACUGCGUCUGUCCAGGGUUUGUGAAAACUGAUUUAAACUUCCACACCGGCAAACGGACAGUAGAAGAAGGUGCACUAAGUAUAGUCAGGCUUGCUUUGCUACCGGAUGAUGGUCCUUCUGGCUUGUUUUUCAUUCGUGGUGAAGAAUCGCCCUUCUAA